GGAAGGAGGAGCGGGAAGCGCGGCCCCAAGCGGGACUCGAACCCGGGGCCGGGAGGAGGAACGGGGGAGACGCCCCGCAGCGCAGGACCGGCCGGGGCCGAGAGCAGGCACAAUGACCCCCAGCACUGGCAGGAGCAGCGUUGCAGCCGCACUGUUGGCCACCCUCCUGGGCCUGACGGAUGGAAACGUGACGUGCGUGUGUGAAGGGUCUCAUUGCCUCCAGAGCACGUGCCGGGGGGCCUGGUGCCUAGUGGCGGCCGUGAGACCCCGGGACGACCCCCCCUACAUCACCAAGAACUGCGGGCGGAACAACUACCUGGAGACCUGCCUGGGCUUCCCGGAGGAGGUGAUCGCCCUGCGUUGCUGCCACGGCCACAUGUGCAACCAGAAUAUCACCCUGGACCUCCCUCAGGGGCCAGGGCCUUCAGGAGGACCACCGCCGAGCGAACAGCUGCCGCUGAUCCUGGGCCCGGGGCUGGCACUGGUGGCACUGCUGGUGCUGGGGGCUCUGGCCUGCUGGCGGCUGGGCUGGCGCCGCCAUCGGAGAGAGAAGCGGCUACUACAGAGCCGGGAGCUUGGAGAGUCCAGCCUCAUCCUCAAGACCUCUGACAGCGGGGACAGCCUGCUGGGGGAUCUACUGGACAGCGACUGCACCACGGGCAGCGGCUCAGGCCUGCCCUUCCUGGUGCAGAGGACGGUGGCUCGCCAGAUCACACUGGCAGAAUGUGUGGGAAAAGGUCGCUAUGGCGAGGUGUGGCGGGGCCUGUGGCACGGGGAGAACGUGGCCGUCAAGAUCUUCUCGUCGCGGGACGAGCAGUCUUGGUUCCGGGAGACAGAGAUCUACAACACCGUGCUGCUGCGCCAUGACAACAUCCUGGGCUUCAUCGCCUCGGACAUGACGUCUCGGAGUUCAAGUACCCAGCUGUGGCUGAUCACGCACUUCCACGAGCACGGCUCGCUGUUCGACUUCCUGCAGCGCUCGGCGCUGGAGCCCGCCACGGCCCUGCAGCUGGCACUGUCGGCGGCCUGCGGCCUGGUGCACCUGCACGUGGAGAUCUUCGGCACGCAGGGCAAGCCGGCCAUCGCCCACCGCGACCUCAAGAGCCGCAACGUGCUCGUCAAGAGCAACCUGCAGUGCUGCAUCGCCGACCUGGGCCUAGCGGUGAUGCACUCUCAGACCAGCGACUACCUGGACCUCGGGCACAAUCCCCGGGUGGGCACCAAGCGCUACAUGGCACCCGAGGUGCUGGACGAGCAGAUCCGCACAGACUGUUUUGAGUCUUACAAGCGGACGGACGUUUGGGCCUUUGGCCUGGUGCUUUGGGAGAUCGCCCGCCGGACCAUGGUCAAUGGCAUGGUGGAGGAGUACAGGCCGCCCUUCUUCGACCUGGUGCCCAGCGACCCCAGCUUCGAGGACAUGAAGAAGGUGGUUUGUGUGGACCAGCAGAGACCGACCAUCCACAACCGGCUAGCAGCCGACCCGCUGCUCUCUGUCCUGGUGAAGACGAUGCGGGAAUGCUGGUACCCAAAUCCCUCCUCACGUCUCACCGCUCUGCGCAUCAAGAAGACCCUCAAGAAGCUCAGCCCCACACCAGAGAAGCCCAAGGUGGCCUACUAGGUUGAUGGCCACUCCAGGGUCCUCUUCACCCCUCUACCUCCUCUCCCCUGACCAGGGCAGCGGAAUCAGUACCUCAGCCCCUUCCUCUGCCUCUCCCCCGGGGCCC